AUGGUCCACAACGCUUCCAAUAUUGUGUACAUGUACCAGAGAGAUAGACCUUCCCGGACGGCAGUGACAAUUUACCCGACAUCAAUCGUCGACGGCAAGCUCGAGAACUGCGCCUCCAAAGGCAUGCCUGACUGGCUCCUGCUAGCCGUGCGUCCUGGUGGCAUCCAUUGCCAGCUCAGGCGCCGCUCGGACUCGGUUGACGGCCGCCCAAGUGCUUGGCUCGUGCCCAGCCGACCGGCAGGCGAUGCCCACUCGCUGCUAGGCUAAUCUCGGGCUGUCUUGCGGCGGUGUGGUGCCGUGAAGGGCACCCGGCACAAAACUACGAUAGUUAGUACCGUGCGGGGGCAGUGCAUUUAAUUCUGUCAAAAAUCGAAAUGUGCUC